AUGUAUUCGUCAGCCCAAAAAGCCAAACGUCGCGUUCACGGUCGAGAAAGGCCGGACCUGUCGGAAGAACAAAAGCAAGAAAUCAAAGAGGCCUUUGAACUGUUUGACUCGGAUAAAGACAACUGCAUCGACUAUCACGAGCUCAAGGUCGCGAUGAGAGCCCUCGGUUUUGAUCUCAAAAAGGCAGAAGUCUUGAAAUUGCUCAAAGAUCAUGACAAGACAGGCCACGGGCUCAUGGACUACGAGGACUUUGCAAAAAUAAGUGAGCACGAGCGCGGGAUCCUUGCUAGAGAUCCCGCUGAGGAGAUCAGACGAGCGUUCCAGCUCUUUGACGACGAUAACACGGGGAAAAUAACCAAAAAGAACCUCAAGCGCGUUGUUCGCGAAUUGAACGAAACGUUGGACGAUGAUGAGCUGUACGUGUUUCCUCGUCAUCCCGUCCUCCCUUUGCGAUCCGCUCGCGCACUGACCGCCUGCCCAUCACACAGCCAAGCUAUGAUCGACGAGUUUGACCUGGACGGUGACGGAGAAAUCAAUGAACACGAAUUCUUCGCCAUUAUGACCGAUGAUGCAUGA